ACUAUCGCCCAUUGCUGCAGAUAUUGUGCUGGAUGCGGUCAUUGCUCAGGCUAUGAACUCUCUGCCGUUUGAGAUUACAAUAUUUAGAAAAUACGUGGACGAUAUAUUCAUGGCGAUACCACGGAACACUGAGCAACAAGUACUGCAAGCGUUCAACGACGUCGAGCCGAGAAUUCAGUUCACCAUCGAAACUGAGAAGGAGUAAAAACUGGCAUUCCUCGAUUUGACGGUUAUCAGAAAAUCCGACCAAACCCUGACUACGGAGUGGUAUGCUAAACCGAUAGCCUCGGGCGCAUGCUCAACUACAGGUCAUAUCAUCAGUCCAAGCACAAGAUAAAUGUUGCCAAAAACUUUAUCCACCGAGUAUGGUACCUUACACGCAACAAAUCCACCAGAGAAAUAUCGGAAAUCAUCCACCGACAGCUCCAACUGAACGACUAUCCCAAACAAAUCAUCAAUCGAUUACUGAACCUGUAUGGGAACAAACGACAACCACCCACACUGAUCGAAAUCACCGAUACCCAAAGCCGACCAUCCCUCCAUCCUCCUACCCAGCCAGCCAUUCUGCCAGCCAUACCCACACCCCCGCCAGCCAUUCUGCCAGCCGAGCCCGCAACAUUCCACCAGCACCCCACCCCGCCAGCCAUUCUGCCAGCCACACCCAUACCCCUGCCAGACAUUCUGCCAGCCGAGCCCAUAUCAUCUCGCCAGCCUCCCACACCGCAUGCCGUUAUGCCAGCCAAGCCCACAUCCCAAUCACAACCCGUAGCACAACAACUCCAACCAAAUGAUGUCAAUCAGAUACAGCAACAACCGGGGAUGUCCCGUCCACAACCGAAUAGAUCCACUAUCAUCGAUCACAAUGUCCACCAAACGUCAUCAUCCGCAAAAGAUCACACCUAUAGCGACACCGUCACCAAUCCUUCGUGCACCGAUAAUCCAGCAGCAGAAACACCUGAAAUAACCAAUAAUGUUAAGAUGUACAGAGCAAUACCAUAUGUACCCGCGCUUUCACAACGAAUCACCAAAAUUUUAGCUAAAGAUUAUCCAAACAUUGCCAUUGCAACAAAACAGAAUCGCGUAAUUAAAAACCUCCACACACAUGUAAAACACCCCGUAAACAAAGACGACGUUAGUAACAUUAUUUACAAAAUACCAUGCAAUGAUUGCGCAAGUUGUUAUAUUGGUAUGACCUCAAACACUCUACGGAGAAGAUUAACUGGACACCGAGCGAAUAUAAACAAAUUGGAAAAACUGAAAAAUGAUAACAACACUAACACAGAAAUAGCUAAAGCAUCACUCAUAGAAACUACGACAGCACUAAUACAACAUUGUAUAGAACAAGAUCACCGAUUUGACUUAGAACACACACAGAUUGUUGACCAUAGUUAUAAGAAAUCCACACUCCCGUUUUUAGAAAUGUGUCACAUCACCAACACAGACCACACAGUCAAUAAGAGAACAGAUAUAGACAAACUCAGCACAACAUACGCAGCAGUGUUGCACGACAUAAAGAGCAAUAACGAACGAAAAACGACUAGGAGAGAUAAUAACAUUCAUGAGAGGGACUCAAUAUCACCGAUAGGGCACGUUGACCAUCCAUAAGACAAACGGAAAGAUAGUCAAAUUGCGCCAUUGCCGAUACAAGUUGUGCGAGAAAAAAGAAUAAUUUUUACAGUUUGAGUUCAGAAAGGUAGUUUUGUUAAAUAUUUUACAACUGUUUCAUAGCAUAACAAAUUUAAAAUUCACAGUAUGUACCUAAAACCAAAAACCACGACAGUUACCGUUAGACUAAACAUUGGACAUAUAACGAAACGAAUAUUUACCCCCUGAAGAUGACACCAAUCCAGUGUCGAAACGUCGGGCAGAUAGCUUAAAUUUCGUUUAAUUCAAUAAAGACUGCGUUGCCGAAAAUCAUAAGAUUAAACCUUACAGUCGUUCGAUCACCAGUUCA